AUGUCCGCAGCCUCGAUUCCCGACACUUCGCUUGGCCUUACCUCCGCCGAGAUCCAGAUCCUCCGACAGCAGCAGCAGAUUGCCCUACAAGGCGGCCAUGCCGGCAAUGGGGUCGCCCGGGGCAGAGGCGCCGGGAGAACCAGCAACUCCAGCUCGCGCGCUACCAGUGCCGCCAGCAGCCAGGGUCGUCUGCUGCUGGACCCGAUGAGUCUUCGCGCGCUCUCGCACCAGCUCGAUGGCUUACAGGCGCAAAUCAGCCAUCGCAUCGAAUAUCUCGAAGAUCAAAUGCAGCGCUCUAUCGCAAAUACCUACGACCGUGCGGGAAACGUCAUUCGCAACGCCGAUGCCGAAAUCGCCCGCACCCGUGAGAUAUUGGCUUCCAUCGACGAUUUGGAUAAUGAAUUGGCAAAAAUUGCUCAUAUCCGUGACAUCGUUAAAGGAUUUCGCGGUAGAAUCGAGAACCUUGAUCAUCGUCUUGACCAGAGUUCUCGUCGCCGGCGAUAG